AUGUGAGGCGAGCUUGACCGACGGUGUGUGAUGUGAGGACUGACAUGUAACGGAGUAAAACUGCAGAGGACGUUUCGUGUAACAUUUGGAUGGCGGAAAGAUCCCGGAGCGAAGAGCGACAUCAGUAAAUAAUUUACAGACCAUGAACUAUGUGGGUCAGUUGGCGGGCCAGGUGUUUGUGCAGGUCAAAGAGCUGUACAGGGGACUCAACCCUGCAACCCUGUCUGGAUGUAUAGAUGUCAUCGUGGUGCGGCAGCCCGAUGGCUCCCUGCAGUGCUCCCCCUUCCACGUCCGCUUCGGCAAGAUGGGCGUGCUGCGGUCCCGUGAGAAAGUGGUGGACAUAGAGAUUAAUGGGGAGCCAGUGAGUUUGCACAUGAAGCUGGGAGAGAAUGGAGAGGCCUUCUUCGUCAAAGAGACGGAGAACACACUGGAAAUAGUUCCAUCUUACCUUGCAACAUCACCCAUCAUGUCAACGGGGGAGGAGUUAAUGGAGUCCCAGCUGGGCAGGAGCAGUUCUCGUCAUCAUGACGCCAUCCCCUGCAGCUCACUUCCUGUCCAGAGCCUCGGGCCGCAGCAGAGUGACGGCGGGAUGACCAAGAAGAGGAGGAAGAGGAGGAGGAAGGCACGGCCGGAGGCAGGCGGAGGAGGGAGGAGAGAGGAGAGCGGAGAAGAGUUCUCAGAGGACGAGGACAUGUUUACGAUUGACUUGAGCUCAGAUGAGGAGAAAGAGGGCGAUGGCAGCAGGCCUGUGUACGGUGAUCAGGGGUGUACAGCCAGCACACACACGCGCCCCAGCACUGACUGGACCCGUUCACAGAGUAAUGAGAUUAAGGAGACUCUCUCCAUCCCUCCACCCUGUGGUCUGUCCAUCUCUUGUCCUCAGCAGACCUCUCACUUCUCUUCCCCUGCUAGCCUGGACGAUUCACGGUCAUCAACGCCAAAGAGCGACUCAGAGCUAACCAAUCAGAACAAAGACAACCCUGAGAUGCUGUGGACCUGGGGGGAGCUGCCACAGGCUGCCCAGCCAUCCUUCCUGACUUCACACCUGAAGCAGGAUCCUGCCUCAGCUGUCUCCAUCCCGGUGUCUGCCAGCACUCACUUCAGAGCCAUCAGUGACACUGGACCCCCCUCCCUCACUGUCUUUGCUCCUCAGCCAGGGGAGACCACUGUUCACGGUGGGGACAAGGACAAUGAAGAAAGCAAAAACAGAGCCAGGGUUGGACUAACCACUAAGACUGGGGACAGGGCUGGAGGAGAGCAAGGUAGGGAAGUGGAAAGUGUUGGGUCAUCGUGUGCCGAGAUCGAGGGUUUAACAGCCUGCUCAGUGUCUCCCAGGAUUCUCCCCGAUCAUCUUGAGGAAGGCGGGAAUAGAGGAAGCCCAAUCAGAAGAACUGAUUCACCAUCCAAGAAGAAAGAAAAGAGAAGCCAGCACCUGGGUGCUGAUGGCAUAUACCUGGAUGACAUUACAGAGCUGGAGCCUGAAGUAGCUGCUCUCUACUUCCCUAAAAGUGACGGAGGCAGUAGCUCCAUGAGGGGAGACUCAGAGAUGAUGAUGAUGGGAGUGCGGAGCGCUAAUCAGUCCCCACAGUCAGUGGGCAGCAGUGGGAUGGACAGCGGUGUAGACAGUUUGUCCGACCAAAUGGGGGACCUGCCUCAUGUUGCCAUCUCUUUGUGCGGUGGACUCACUGACAACAGGGAGAUCACAAGAGAGCAGUUCCAGGAAAAGGCAAUUUCCUACCAGCAGUUCUCAGAAAACCCGUCUAUUAUUGAUGACCCUAACCUGGUGGUCAAGAUAGGAAACAAGUACUACAACUGGAACACAGCCGCUCCUGUCAUGUUGGCCAUGCAGGUCUAUCAGAAACCACUGCCGCAGGCCUCAGUGGAGAACAUCAUGAAGGAGAAGAUGCCAAAGAAAGGAGGACGCUGGUGGUUCUCAUGGAGGAGCAGGAACAGUGACUCCAAAUCAGAAUCAGUGACAGAGGCAGGAGGAGAGCGAGGAGAGAGCUCACUAACCAUGACCUCAGCAAACAGGAUGAAGGAUGAGUCAUCCUCGAGUGAUGAGGACCACAGAUCAUCCAAUCAGGCGUCAGGAUCCUGCCAGUCAGAGCUGCUCAUGAGUUCUGGCAGCGUCUAUUAUAAGAAGACUCUUCGGCUCACCUCAGAGCAGCUGGUUAGCCUGCAGCUGAAGGAGGGUCCUAAUGACGUGGUGUUCAGCGUGACCACUCAGUAUCAGGGCACGUGUCGCUGCCAUGGCACAAUCUAUCUUUGGAGCUGGGAUGACAAGAUAGUCAUCUCUGAUAUAGACGGAACUAUCACCAGGUCAGACACUCUGGGUCACAUCCUCCCCACACUGGGUAAAGACUGGACCCACCAGGGUAUCGCGCGUCUUUACCACAGAGUCAGCUUGAAUGGAUAUAAAUUCAUGUACUGCUCAGCGAGGGCCAUUGGCAUGGCUGACAUGACGCGAGGCUACCUGCAUUGGGUCAAUGAGAGGGGAACCAUGCUGCCGAUGGGUCCGGUGCUGCUCAGCCCCAGCAGCCUGUUUUCUGCCCUGCACAGGGAGGUGAUCGAGAAGAAACCAGAGAAGUUUAAGAUCGAGUGUCUCACAGACAUAAAGCACCUUUUCCACCCCAACACUGAACCUUUCUACGCUGCUUUUGGCAACAGAGCUACGGAUGUAUAUUCCUAUAAGGAGGUGGGCGUCCCUCUGAACAGGAUUUUCACCGUCAAUCCCAAGGGGGAGCUGAUACAGGAGCACGCCAAAACCAACAUCUCAUCCUUUGGGCGUCUGUGUGAGGUGGUCGACCAUGUCUUCCCCGUCCUAGUUCGAGAUGAGGGAGCAGACUUCUCCUGCUCUGACACCUUUGGCCAGUGCAACUACUGGAGCGAACAACUUCCUGAUGGCACCGACCAGGAGGAAGAAGACCCACAGCCACUCGGGACAAGCUGAGGGAACGACAACAACAACAAAUCCAGCACUGAGGAAGCUUUUUCUCACAUCGCAGUCGGGCAGGACACUGUGGUCAGUGCUUUUGUGGUUCAUCAUAAAGCCAGGAGCCCAGUUUGAGUGAAGAUGCUGAUUAUUUCAGAAUCAAAUAUUUAUUCAAGAACUGUGUGGGAAGCAGCUAUCAAACCUUUUCUAACACUAUACCUGAUACAUGAAUGACUCAAAGGCGUUACAUAAAAGAUUUAGUAACUGCGACUACUGAUUCAAAGCAGAUGAAUGUGUUUUCAAUACUCCACGUAAACAAAAUCACCUCGCCGCCAUUCAACAGUGAGAACAUGAAAAAGAGUGCUGAGUCAGAAAAAAAAGAAAGUUAAAAAAAAGAAUAUUUCUUUUAAGAGAAAAGGGAAAAAGAAAUCCCUGAUGAAUUUCAGCAACUCACAUAUCUCACUUUUGCAAGUGCACUGACAUGAGAACAGCAUCCUUCACUGCAUGCUUUUAACUCCAUAAGAGAUUCCUUUGACGAGUUUCCAUUCUCCUUCAUCCCACACCACUCUUCAUUUACACCAGUGGAUAGAGAAGCUGCCACACAAAAUGUAUAUUGUUUGCAAGGGGGUACAAAUUAUUAUUAUUUUGCACCAAUAUGACUUCAGUAUCUGUUUGUCCCUACCUGCAACACCUGAUGCCCAAGUAAAAAAAAAACUUUUAGACAUGCCUUUCGUAGAAUAAUGAAAUGUUCACUGAAACAUGAGGGCACACCAUGUAAAUUAGAUAAGAAACUAUUCUGCAGAAAUGCCGCUGUACACCACAAAGCUACUAUGCAAGCAGCCCCUCCAGAUUGUCUACACAACUGGCUCCCACAGUUGACAAUGAAAUAUAAAUUACAUCCAGUACAAUUCGGCUUGUCAAAACUCAAAUCAACCUGUUGGUGCAGCACUCAUUUCUUAUCUUGUUUGGGGGGAAAAACUGGCUUUUUUACUCAUCACAUCAGCAAACAGUAAGUAGACACUCAGAAUCUUGGUUUGACCUGGUCCAGGAAUGUGGCUGCAGUAUUCUUUUCUGACCUCAAGUGCAGUAGACACAGCACGACACUGUGCACCACAUUACAUUACAGUAAAACCAUCCAGAACGUGCAAAAAUAGCACAGAUAGUGCAUCCAGUCAUCUUCUGUGCCAAACUCCUUUGCAGGUCCAGUUAAACGUGUGUGGUGUUCUGACCGAGCUACUGUGAAAGACGUGGCUGCAGCACAGUUUCAAACUACUGUAGUAUUCAGUGGAAAUACUCAAGAUAAAUGCAAGACAAUGCAAACAACUUGCGUCUGUUCUUUGUUUGUUUUUAUACAUAUUAUAAAUAUAUUAACACCAGUGAUAUGCUAGAAUGUAGUGUAUAAAUCACAGUGUACAGUAUGUUGUUCUAAUGACUAAUGCUCAUCAAUGCAACGACUAUACAAGUCCAUACAGGACUACGGUCAUAUAGUUUCAGUUUUGUAAUGUCACUGCAGACAUCAGUGUACUUUUAUGCACAACACUAAUCUGUCCUGUGGUGGAGAUUCAGAUGCUAUAAGGUUUUUAGGUUUUUCUCUUUAGAAACAUCUCUUUUCUGUCGUUUGUACAUUUACAUUUUUAUUAAAUGUUUUCAUCUGUUGAUCAAAUAACAUCUACUGCACUACAUUUAUGUGAGACGGACGCCGGUCUGUUUAUUUUUUACCACACAUUACUUAAAAUGGGGGAAACCACUGUAAAUAAUUGAUCACAUUAAGUUUUGUGACCAUAUGAAGUAAAUGUCUUUUUUUAUUUAAAACAGCUCUGAUGAUCUUUCAAUGGCUGAUAUAUUGUCUAAAAUACAACAUUGCCGGUGCUCAUUCCAAUGCAUUUGCAGCCAUUUUAUGCUUAACUAUGAUAUCUUUAUGAACCAGCUGCGGCACUAUGAGGGGGCAGUUUCACCAUGUUAACGCAAUAGGUCAACAUUGAUAUCAUGAGCAUCACGAUCACUAGUUACAUGAAGUUCAGGCUAUAUGUGCAGGACAGAAGAGUGCCAUCCACUCAUAUAACACCUCCUCUGUUCAUGUUGGAUAGUUGAAAGCAGCUUUGAAUGACUGACAGCUUCCAGACAAAUGAAAACUGAUCAUCUGGAAAAAAAAAUGUUCUCAAAGUAAUUCACCAGAUGUUAGUCAGAAUCUAACAAGGAUACUUAUACUCUGAUAUUAAUGUGUCCUAUUUUGAAAAAAAAAAAAGUCAAAAAAUCUAAAUGCAAGAAUACUGUGAACAAGCCCUCUGAUUGAUUGUGACAGUACAUUAUGAUGUUAUUUACUCUUUGUGCAUAGGAUAGAUAGUGUCUGAUGCUGUGCUGUGAUUGCCUUGCCUAAAGUAAAACUAAUUAAUGAAUUCAUAGGAUCUGACACUGUUGAUGUUCACAUGCCACUUGGGAUACUUUGUAUGUAAGAGGAAAAGACCCAAAGGAUGCAUGCUGUUGUAAUGUUAAGAUGCAUAUUUACAUGGAUGUAAUGAAAGGGAGGAACAUCCUUUUAAAAAAAAGACAUUAAAUAAUUUGGCUUCCAUAUCUCAUAAUUACAGGAUAAUUUGCCCACAAUUAUGAGAUAAAACCAUCGUUAUGACAGCGUAUUGUUUAUUGUUAAUUAGUAUGUCAAACAUGUUAAUUGUUAAUUUGAUAAUCAGAACAUCUUUUUGUCAUAGUCUUCUCAUCAUUUUGUGACAGUUUUGUAGUUUAGAGCACAAAAAUCUCCUAUUGACAAGCUCUUAUGUAUAAAAUAAGGAGGUCAAAAGUUAGUAAAGAUGAUUUUUAUUUUAAAUGAACAUAAUGCCCCUCCCAGAUUUUCAGAGUAAAUCAUCUUUUUGGUGAUUGUCGCCUAAUUCUUAUUCUUUCUGUGAAAGAUCUUUUAAAACUCUUGACCAGUUAUCCCGUCUGUCUCUGUGUUGACAUGGACGUUGAUCCAGUUUGUUGUCCCGUGUACAGAUUAUGUUUUGGCCGCUAAGCAGGAGCCUGCCGAGUAGUGUGCAGUGCAAGCUAUUGUUAACAAUGUAGUUUGAAUAAAUCUGUGCAAUGGAUCAAUUUUUCAAUAAACUCAAAGGUG